AUGGCGACCCCCCGGGCGUGCCUGCCGAUCGUCUUGGCCCUCCUGCUACCGCUGGCGGCCUCCGCGGCCAACCUGACGGCCCUGGGUGACGACGUCCUGUACUUUACGAUAAAGGCCGGCUACAACCCCGACUACACGGAGCGCUGCAUGGACGCCGGCGACGACGACAACGUCAUACUGAAGCCCUGCUCCGGGGACGCGGUGUCCCAGCUGUGGUACAUCUCCGGCGACACGAUCGUCAACUACAACUCCGGGAAGUGCCUGGACGUCUGCAAGGGGCUGUCGUGCUACAACUUCUUCAAGGGAGCCACCCAGGUGAUCGUGUACGAGUGCAACGACGGCGACAACCAGAAGUGGAGCUCCGACGCCGCGGCCCUGGUGUCGGCGUACAACGACGACUGCCUGGAGAUGUGCGACAGCAGCCGCUGCGACCCGAUGUACAACGCCAUCACCGACGCGUGUGACCAGGACGACAACCAGCAGUGGGGCUUCAACCUGGCCGACGCGCCCGAGUUCUAG